AUGCAGUGGCCAUUAUUUAGUACCUUGAUCUUUGUGCUCCUCUGCGGAGUUACCUUUGCGGCCCCGGCAGUGGACCUUGGACGACAGAAUGUUGAGGCUGUUGCGACUCUCGAGAAAAGAGCGGAACCAGUUGUAACAACAACCGCCGCAGAUAAUACUCCUAGCCAGACAUCCACAGCUGCUACAACGAAUACCAACGAUGCAGCGACGACGGCCACAGCGACGGCAACGACAGCGACAAACACGACCAGUACAACCACUUCGAAUACCAGCAAUUCUUCCUACAUCGCAACAACUAUACCUUCCUUAGAUGGGUCUACAGGGUCCACCAGUGCCAGCGAGAAUGGAGCGAAACAAAAAUACAGCGGUGGUCUGCCAAUCCAACCGCAGAUCACCCCAGCAUUAGGUGUGGGUGGUAUUAUACUUCUGCUUUCGGGGGCCGCUCAGGCCAUCAUUGGAAUUCGGAAGCAAUGGGUGCACAUUUUCCUAUCCACAGCCUUCUCUGCUGCACUCGGCGUCACAGUGUUAAUUGUCUACGUGAUGAAUCCUCCUGUGAGCAAUGCGGUACAAGGUGGAUAUCUGGUCGCCGUUUUCUUCACGGGAGCCGUCUUCGGAGGCUUGGCGCUUGUGUUCAGAGAAAUUACUGAAGGACUAGGAUGUCUUCUCGGCGGCUUCUGUAUGGGCAUGUGGUUCCUGACUGUCAAGCCUGGUGGGCUUGUGACCGAUAGCGGAGCAAAAACCGGAUUCAUCAUUGCAUUCACGGUGGGAUUCUGGUGUCUGUCUUUCAGUCACUAUACGCGCUCGUAUGGAUUAGUUCUCUGCACCGCAUUCUCAGGUGCAACAGCGCUGGUGCUCGGCAUCGAUUGCUACAGCCGGGCGGGCUUGAAGGAGUUCUGGCUUUAUGUUUGGGGAUUGAAUGACGACAUGUUCCCCCUGAAUACUAACACCUACCCAGUGACACGCAACAUCCGGGUUGAGCUUGCAGUCAUUAUCAUUAUUACUGCCUUUGGUGUGAUCGCUCAAAUGAGGCUCUGGAAAGUGAUCAAAGAACGCCGGGCCAAAGAGGAGACUUCCCGAAAGGAAGCGGAAAGGAAAAAUGAGGAAGCCGAAGCCGAGGUCGGUCGUCAACUAGAGGAGAAGAAUCUCAGGGAACGAACUGAAUGGGAGAACAUAUAUGGCAACGGUGCCGCCGGCAAGGAGCCCUCUCUGACCGAAACCGCCGUUGCAGAAGAUUCGCGACGAGGUUCGGAAGGAUUUGAGUCUUCAACUAACGAAAAAGGGGCCUCCUUUGAGAUGAAGGACAUACCGGCCCCUGACCAAUCGACUGGCGCAUCUGACUCCGGGAGGAAUCUUGACGCCGUCGAAGAGGAUGACACGGAAGCACUUGAGGAACAUCAGGACGGCCAGACAAGCCAACCCCCCGACCAACAAACUCCACCCGAGCCCGAGAACGAGCGGCCGCCAACUGCCAGACCCGUGACGAUGUGGCCGGAGCCCAAUUUGCGGGAAGACAACGACUCGGAACACGGAGCUGUUGUUGGAUCUGAACCAGGCACGCCUCGCUCCAAGCGCGUCUCGGGGAGGUCGUUGAUGAACCGGCUUUCUUGGCACAGCGGCAAUGGUCCAAAGCUCAAUGAGCAAUCGCAGUCGCAAGAGGCCUUGGUCGUCCAAGACGAUGAGAAUUCCUCCGUUGCUGGUGUUGUGGAUGACAUCUCUUCCGGCUGCCCCAGUAUUGUUUCCGAUAUUCAUAGUGAUGCGGGAGACCAAGCAGAAGAGGAGGACAAGGAGGCAGGUACCGUCGCAAACGGCUUGCCCACGAAGAAUGUACUCGCUGAGGUGACCGAGGCUGGUCUCAAUUCUCAGGCCCCGCGUGCUACUCCAAUCGAAGAUGAAACCGCAAUGAUCACGCCCCCGUCCGGUACUGGAGACGGUGAAAAUGAUGAACCAACGCAAAGAGCCAAUGGUUUCCAAAUACAUCAGGACGACGAGACCUAUUCGCAAGCUGCUGAGACAAAUAAUCAGGAUGUGAGCCAGCCGAAGAAAGCCGAGGCCUUCGAGCUGCGAGUCCAACCCAAGUCACAAGAAGCGCCAUCCAAUGAGGACGUCAUAGAACAAGAUAUGAAAGGGGAGAAUAUCCAACAAAACGACCUGGAAAACGAACUACCAGCUGCCGACAACGCGCAGGGGGAAGUCGAAGAAGAUUCUCGACCACCCGAUGCGGAAGAGGCCGAGCAUGAGUAUGAUUCUGCCUCGCAGGCAAAGGGUUUGGGAAGAAGAGAGAGCCCACGGCUGAAUGUGUCAACCGUAAAGAACAUCCCCGAGCAAACCUCACGGGUGGUGCAUUCAUUCCGUACCAAUGAAUGGGCAAAGCAUUUGGCCUAUGCUGAAAUGCCUGAGAUCGAGCCCAUUCAGCUGGACAACGAGCUUCCCGAAAGCUCGGCUGAGACUGGGGAAUCUGCAGCCCCAGUCCAUGUCGAAGGCCUCCUCCAAACACCGUUGAAUGCACAUCCCCUUCCAGUUAUGAACAGCCCGGAGCAGACGCCAGCAUGCCCGGAGCAACCCCGUCGACAAUCCGAUGCUGCUCCUGAAGUACCCCGAUCCAAGACCAGAAAUAGCAUGCACAGAAUGUCCGGUGCUCGAUCACCUCCGCCAAUGGCUCGAAAUGUUUCUUCUGCUUCGUUACUUCCGCGACAGGAACGGGAUGAGAAGGCAGGUCCAAGACGUAGCACGUCGACUCCGUUCCUGACCGUCAGCACUCCUCAUGAAGAGCAAGACACAUCUGAUUCACCGAGGUGGAGUGGACCCCCUCCUCUUCUGGCUGUUCGUGAGACGAUGGUGCGAAAUCGGAUGUCGUCGACAUCCCUUCGCUACGACCCUUACGCAUCGCGCAGUCAGUCUCGUCUGUCACUAGCUGACCCCACCCCAAUCGCCUCACCACCUAUCCCCGAGGAAAGAGACGAGGCAAUCGGCGCAGCUUCUCCCGAAGAUGAGGACGACCUCCCGCUAUCCAAGCGCCGUGCCCUGUUGCAGCGCCAAACUAUGCAGUCUCCCUCUGCAGCAAGUCUUCAAAGCAUCGAGCCAGCCCGAUCGCCACCACGCAACCCACCCGAUUCCGGACGACCCGCAGCCGUGAUGGCUGCCUGGCGGCAAUCCGUUCGAGAAGACCUCUCCCACCGACGCGACCCGCUAUCCCAACCUUCUUCUCCUGCAACUCCCGCAAGCCCUGACCGACCGCGGGGUCACUGGGGAUCCGUGCAGCAAAUGCACGAUACCUCAGCCGCCAAAGUUGAGAAUACCAUCGCGGAGAGAAUGCAACGGGGAAGUAUGACUGACUUGCACCGUCAAGCAAUGCGGCGGAUGCAGGCUUCUGCGAAUCGGAAGCUGUAG